GAACGUACAACCAGAAGUACUGUUCUUACCCACACACGAGAAGGCUGAGGUGGAAGCGGAACUUUAGCUGUUGUGCUCAUGUGCUGCGGUGCAACCUCCAACUCAAAAGACAAAAAUGGCCGGGAGCAGACUUGAGAGGGUAGGAACCGUGUUUACGAGAAUUCGGGAUCUAAUGCGCUCUGGAGUGAUAAAGGAAACCGAGAAACCAAUCUGGUAUGAUGUCUAUGAAGCUUUUCCCCCAAAACGACAACCACUGUAUGUAAAGCCCUACACAAGACCCAGGGUGAAGAAGCUAGACCCGGUGCCUGCAAUUUUCUACACAGAAGAUAAAGUUAGAGCGAAAUUUUAUGAGCAAUACGGAAUGGGUUCUCGGCCUUUUGAUCUUUCUAAAUCUAGCUUUGUCUCCACAUGUCAAAGGUUUGUAGACAAGUAUGCAGAGUUAAAGAGCCAAUCAGAGAUGGAGGACUCUGUUCUGUUUGAGGAAACUGCAAAGGCUUUACUUGCAGAGGGUGUAAUACUUAGAAGGAGAGGAGCAUCAGCGGUGUCAGGCGAGUCCAGGGAUCCAGUGUUGGGGCUAAAGUUAUCAGCCCUGUUGGCAGAGCAGCAGUCAGAUGGUGAUGACAGCAAGCAAGAGCCAGAAGAGCACACGACACACACACAAUCCUAGGAAAACGUGGAUUUUCUCCUUAUCUGGAAGCUCAGAUCACCUGUGGAAGUAAUAAUUUUGUAACCAAAAGCCUCAAAAAGAAAAAUUGGGCUAGAAGACACACCCUCCAUAUUAUACAAUAUAUAUAUAUAUAUAUAUAUAUAUAUAUAUAUAUAUAUAUAUAUAUAUAUAUAUAUAUAUAUAUAAGCUGCACUGGACUAUAAGAUAGAAGUGUCUUCAAUGUGUUAUGGGAUACUUACACCAAAAGAAGUACAGCUCAUUGGUUUGUAAAAAUCCCAAAUUAUCCACCUUGGACUAUAAACUGCAGGGUUCAGAGUGGGGGAACACUUAACGACGACUCGUCCAACAACAACAGUAGAUAUUCUUGACCUUUUGCAUGAAAACGAAAUCAUGGUAUGAACCAAGAAAUGCCAAGUACAGGACUAACGCCUAAAAAAUUGUCUAUGUAUCUAUUAUUUGCUUAUUAUUAUCUUAUUGGCUGCCGCUGUUGGGAAUUAAUGUCCUGCCAAUUUGACUGGGAUGGUGGGCAGUGAGAGAGCGGUCCCAGUUCAAAUGGAUUGGAUGUCUGUCUCUGAGAGUAGCAUUGAAUAAUUACGAUUCACUGCCAGUCCUACCAGUUCAAAUGAAUCUGACAUCUAUAACCAUCAAUGGCAGCCAAUGAGUUAAUGUUGUUUUUCCAAUAGAGCAUCAUUUUUUGUACAUUUUCCUGUCGGAGAUUCUAUCAGAUCCGGUGUCUGAUGUACAGUCAACAGAUGUUAUGAACAAUAAAUUGUGGAAUAAAAUUGUAUCUAA